AUGCAGGCUACUGCUCCUAGUUUACCCCCGGUCGAUCGCACCAACUCCGCCGCAUCGGAGGCCGCCUCCCACGCCAAUGGAAACGAACGCCCCCCGCAGCAUGGUCACCAGCGACUUGUGUUUACCGAUAUGGUUGCCUUCCGAUAUCUCGAAGAAGACCCGUCAACUGAUGUGCUUCACCGACGUGAAACGCUGCAAGGAUAUGAGAUUUACGUUGUCGAACAAUGGGCCUGCUCUCGGGUGCACCCGACCUUCAUCAUCGCGACCUAUACCGGCGACCCUUCGCAUACCGUGAUUGUGGGGGUGUUGAGUGUUCCGACCAACGAGGCUACUUGGUCACCACGCUUGCGGAUGUACUUCGACGCCAUGAAGCAAUGCCACGCCAAAAAGAAAGAAACACCAUUGGGGACGGUCAUGGUUACAGACAUGACAACAUUCCCUUCUGCAUUGAGUCUGAUCCCUAUACCCGAAGGGGAUAUCAGGAAACACCGAGACGACUUUAUCGUCAAUGAGAACCUGAAAAGACUGGGAUGCGCAGGUCGUGCGGGCUUGAAGCUUCAAUUUCCAUCAGCAGCGACCAAAGCGAAGUUCCAUCAGCUCUACCGAACGAGCGAAACCGUUCACUUAUACCUCGCGGUCGUAGAACUGGUCAAACAAUGCCAAAUUGCCCUGAUGGUGUUUGACAAGCUAGCCCCGGAAUACGUGGACGGGCUGCUGUGCGAUGUGACCGAGGCGGCUAUUAGUGAUUGGUGGACAGAUAUUGGAACGGACUUGUACAACAUUGAGCCAAGCGACAGCAGUCUGGGACCGACGAGCGUGGCUGCAUUGUUGGGUACUUUGCUCGGAGCUCGAAAUCGAUUACACGCCUACGGUGCCCCAGUGGGGAAAGAUGCAUUCGAUUUCCAUAACCUGAAAAGAGGAAUUGGCGGAUUUCAAAAAUCUCAAAAAAUGAGGCGGACGCGACGACUGGACCGGCUUACAUUGGACCGGUUACACCGCGUCACGGCCAAGGCUGCCAACGCAGAAGGGUGGACCGAUGCCGUCAAGUCAACCAUGGCGGAGCUCAGCGGGCAGGGUGGUGAGAUGGUCAUGGGCAUGGUCCGUGGACGCGAUAAAGGGGGAAUUGCCGAUAUCGAGACACUGGAUCUCGAUACUUUUGUACAGUGCUGCAACGGCGAGAGAGCAAAAUACCUAUGGCUGGGUAAAUCGCGCAAAAGUGGGUUCGAAGAUGGGUUCAACCAUGGCAGUGGAUCGAAUAUGAUGUUCACAAGCGAUGAACAAGGCGGGUAUGUUUGGACCAGCCGCAGGAAGCAUUCGACAGAAGACAUGCAUGCUGAGCGAGUAGGCUCGGGCCUGGAUCGCUCUUCAAAGCUGCCAGAAUCGACCGCUGACGACAAAGAUCAUCGUAAGAAGGGCGUCAGCGGACGAGUUUCAGAUGCACGGGCAGGUCUAGGCCGUUUUAAAGACGCAGUCGGACUCCAGGGCCUUCGCCACCAUCACCACAAUUCUCGAGACAGCGCUGAGCUGACAUACGAUGCUGCCUACCGCCCGUCGAUUGACAGUGACAAUGAGACCCAGCGUACGAAAACGCGGUCUGACCCAGGGCUUCGGUCUGAUACGAGGAUAUCCAACGAAAUCGAAGAUACCAUCGAGGAGGAGGAAGAGAAACCUCACCUCUCCCCUACCCUCAAUGCCGAAACCAAAACCCCCGAAAUACAUAUCGAGUCCGCACCUGAAUAUGAGCCAGGAACAGAGACUCGUUACGACCAAUUUGAACCCCAGCAGCCUCCGAUUAUCGAGGAAGAGUCAGAUAUAGAGCGCGUCAUAUCUAGAUCGACCGCAGCAUCAUCGGAUCGCGAGCGUGACCGUGAUGAUUUCAUCAGCGGGCUGGCUAUCAUGGCCCUACGGCGGCCCCAGAGUCACGAAGAACUUCACAGCGUUGAAAGUGAGUUCGAACGACGAGACAAUAUCUGCGCCCGCCAUCUGUCAUUCAGUACCGUUGAAGAAGUUGUACUCAAAUGGGAGCCGCCAGGCGGGAAACCAACGGUCAAAGAGACCGAUGACUUGGAGGAGGCCAUUGCACAAGAAGAUAUGCUUGGCUCUGAAGGCCGCAUAUUCAGCUCACGGAUUCUAGAGUUGAGUCGGCAUACUGUGCCUUGGGUUGAGCGGCAAGUGGAUUCCGUAGACGGUGUCAAUCAAAUCCUCUAUGAACGACACGAAGAGCUCAACUCGGUGUACCUGGAACGCUUUGCAGACUAUCAAAGAUUGCGCGAGCGGUCUAGUGAUCUCCUUAUGGAUGAAAGCCAUCACCUUUCCGAUGGCGUAAAACGCGUUGAGUUGCUGGGCGCCAAACUGGACUACGAACUACACGUCCUCGAGUCGAAAGUCGAAGACAUGGAAGCCGGCCUGAGCGACUUCGACCGCCACAUUGUAAAUGUUGAGACAAGAAUCAAAGCCCUGGUGAAAGGCGAGGAACAGCACGACACUUCUUGGAAGGCAUGGAUCGGGCGAUUCAUGGGCUUCUCGAGUUAA